AUGAAUGAGAAAAACACAGUCUCAUUUUUUCUGAGUAUCCCUCAAAUCAUAUCAAAUUUGUCAUUUCUUAUCUCUAGCUGUGAGAAAGAGAUUACUUCUGGCCUUCUUCGCGAGUUCAAUCAAAUCACAAAUGAGCAAGUGUCGAGUGUUCAGGCCCAAGGACUCAUUGAUGUUACGUUGGACUUUAUCCGAACCUGGAACGCGUCUCUACACGCUGUUUCAAAACCUGGCCAUAUCCUGACGGCGCGCCGUGUCAUUUGCCAUCCAAAAUAUGCAAAAGCCUACACAUUUAACACAUUCAAGGCCGAUGAAUUGAAGCACGAAGCUGUCCAUUUAUGGGAAGAUGACAGUGUUCCGCAUUCGGGAGAUGAAGCGGUCAAGAAGAAAUUUCUAACGAAAAAACCGUAUAAGAAAGGAUCUGAAAAGUCGAAAAAAGCGAAUAGCGAUUUGACGAGUCGAAAUGAAGUCCGCGAAGAGCAAAAACCACCGGUUUUGAUUUGGGCGAGCCAUGCUAUUGUUUCACUCCAUCCUGAUUUGUUCGAUGCCACCAGUUCUUUCUUAAUAAAUGACGCUGAAUGCUUCAAAAUUCACGAUUGCCCGAAUACUAAAAUCAUGAUUCAUUCCGGAAAAUUUGAUUUUAAUUGUCUAAUCGUUCCAACAAACAAUAAAACACUUCAACUGGUAUUCAUAUAUGGCGCGAAGAACGUGCGACUUCAUUACGAUCGCAUUAAAGAAACAAUUCUCGGUUUCGGCCAACACGCGCCUUGCAUCGUCCACAAAGAAGCACUGUCGCCGAACACGAAGAAGCAAACGCGGAUGAUCUACAUCCCGGCAUGGAAUCCCACCGAGUUUCCAGCGGUCAACAUUGCCGAGCAUUACCUGGCAUGUCUUGAAAUGAACUCAAUGUUCUACACAGGAGGAUUCGGGGAUUUGGCACCGUCAGACGCUGAGCCUUCUGCAUCUCCAAAUCCGCAUCGAAUUGCUCACAUUCAACAUUAUACGCUUAUGUCGCUGGUGAAUUCGCCGCACAGUGCUAUCAAGCAAUCUAACGAAAAAUCGGAAAACACGAAGAAAUCGUCGAUGCAACAGACGGCGUCGCAAGUCUCGGUGAACGAAAGUCAGGAAUUCGAGCUCGUCACUUUACCAUAUUGUGUUUUUCUUUGGGACACGAAAAAAGAGGGGCCAGUAAUUAUGGGCAAAAUUAUUGAUAAAAUGGGCGAGCAUGCGAAGAAGCGAAGGAAACAGGCAACAAAAGAGCAUUCAUCCCUUAUUCCGUGCCUCAUUAUGUAA